UCAUUUCAUUUUGUGUGUGACGUUCAAACCCAAACGGACGCUGAAACGUGAUCGAAAUCGAAGUGAUUUUGGAACCGAAUUAUCAUUUAAUAUUAAAAAUAAUUAUUAUUGCUAAAUUAUCGGACUUGUUAGCAUUUGAUUGAUGGCUUCGCCUCCUAAAAAAGUGUUUGCUAUCGAUCCAAAGUUGUAUCAACGUCAAGCGUUCGGAAAUGAUCAAGUCCAGCCAGUUCGGCAAUUUUGCAAGGCAGGCCCGUCUGCAGCUGCUACUAAAAUGAAACCACUUCCUAUUAUGAAACAAGACUUGGACUGGCAAAACAUACCCUCAUUGGUCUUGGCUACUGUUGCUCAACUUUUACCCAUGGCAGACCGAAAAACGUGCACUUUGGUAUGCCGACGCUGGAACAGCAUUGUUUUUGGAAGCGCAAUCAAUAACAUGGUUACGUUUCCUCUUUCGAAGUGGAAAUCCGAAAGUUACGUACCAUUCGACGGAUUUCACCGAAUGAUGCAACGUUCCUACAGGAAAGUGGAAAUUUCCUGGGUAAAUUAUGCGGACUCGGAUUAUCUUCGCACAAUCAAUGGCCUCUUCGAAACUCUUCCAAAGUAUGAGCUAAGAAAGCUGACUUUAAAUGUUCCGCCGGACGAAACGCUGGGAGAAUUUUUCGAGCGCCAUCGCUCCAUCUGGGAACGUAUUCAGCAACUACAUGUCUAUAUUGGAUCGCCCCUUAAAAUAUACCCCAUGCCGGCGGAUGAUGUCAAGCUGGAUAUCCGAAAAUUAUCCAUCAACAUGCCGAUGUUGGAGUGCCUGGAAUGGAGAGAAGGAUCUCUCGGGAACAUAUCCCAUGGACGACAGGUUUUCGUCAUCAGUGCCCCUCGGCUGGAGUACGCCAAAGUGCAUACUUUCCGGCACUGGAACUGCUACAGCGUGCUCAACAUCAAAUCGUGCACGAACCUUCGGAAUGCAUUUCUCGAUAUCCCAAAUCGCAUCUGGCGGACUUUCCAUCAAUGCAUUUCAUUCGGACAAUUACGGACCCUAAACUUUGGAACCGAAUCCCGUGAGUAUCCGAUCGAGAAUAUAACCCCGGUACAGUUCGAUCAAUUGUUCGCCACCAUGAAGAAUCUGCAAGCCGUUAAAAUUAGCGGUUUAGGUGAUUCAGUAAACGCUCCUUUGGCCGCGGUGUGUCGCCGGUGUCCAUUGAUUUGGUCCGUCGAGUUGGACAGAUUCGAGGUUGAUGCUGAGGCAUUUUUGCAACUGAUCAAACUAAAGAAUUUGAAGCGAUUGUUUCUGACCAACGGUAAAAUCAUAAACCCGAAAGUAAGCAUAUUCUGUAGAUCAUUACAAGACCUUUGGCUGCGCAACGUAGAACUUGUCGGCGGAGAUCACAAGGCGUUCCCUAUUAAACUGAAUGACGCCAUGAAACGUAGGCUGCUGUACACGACCCCUGGUAAUGAUGUUGUGAUUUGCAAUUACUCUAUGAAUUAGAAUAUGUAAGAUGUAGCGAUAGUACCACCAAGACAAGCAGUGAACUUAACACCAAUUAAAUUUGGUGUGAUCGAUGGAAUAAAUCUACGCUCUGAUUGAAUUUGUCUCGACCAAAAACGUGUUUGCCAAUGAGUUAAACAAAUCCGAAAAAAUACACGGUAACAACGCUUUUGAUUCGAAGGAACAAGGGUUCUGGAUUUAAUUACUGGUCCGGGUUGUAUCAUUAAAAUUAUUAUAUUGCUGUGUGCGUUCAAGAUGCAAACGGUUCCCAAAUGCAGUACCGUCAAACGGGGUGACUUGCAACACUUGAUGUCGUCUGACUUUGUCUAUCAAUAAAACAUAAAAAUCAGACGUUUACAUACCGAAACUCAGUUUUACUAUUAAGUUCAUAUAAUAUCUGAGUAGUAGUCAAGAUUUGAACUUCUAUUUAAAUAGUUAUAAUACAAUUUUCACAAAUAGAAUGUAAUUAUGAAAAACUAGGAAAAAUAAGAGCCCUGAAUCGUUGACGGAAAAAGAAAGAAGAUGAACUAAAUCCCCUAAAAUAAUAUUAUAAUGUAAAUUACAUUCACGGCGUGGAGAGUUGCUUUCACAGCUCGCUCACGAGUUAAGCAUGCGUGUGCGACCCUUAUGAUAUUCGGCAAACUUUCAUAUAAAACUACAAGGUAAAAGUCAUCCAUACAUUGUUUUUUGAUAGCAUGCUUAUGAACUGAGAUAGUAGCAAGUGAAUGUACCUCUUUGUAAAUGGUGAAUGCCAUCCCUGCUUGCAACACUUUUUUUUCGUAAAAACUAAGAGCACAAAAAAACUAAAUAUUGUUGCUUAACUUAUAUUCGACUGGUAAUAGCCUGGAGGAUAUCAUUUGAACUGAAAAAAAUAGUAAAAGUUGUGUUUAAUUAACAAUUAGUAACUUGCUGUUUGAGCCUCGUAUUUCCAUAUACAAAUUCAAAAUUCAGUUUCUUAUGAAAAAAUUAAUACAAAAAUUUGUAUGACAAACGACAUAAAAAUAGUAACAAGAAUACUAGCCUAAUAUGCGAGGAGCGUUAAAUAAAUGUUCGCUUGUUGGAGAAGGGAUUUACACUGAGUGUUGCAAGUCACCCCGCACGACGACUUGUUUGAAAAACGACCUUAUAUGGCUUUUUCAAAAGGAAAAAAUAAAAUGAUAUAUAACUUCUUCUCCUUAUUCUGUAGAGGGCCUGGCUAUUAAAACUAUUGCCAUGAGUUUGUAUUUUGAAAUAACGUUUAAUCCACAUUUUUUGUUAGUUGAAGCUGAAAAGUAUUGCAAGUCACCCCGUUUGACGGUAACACCGUAUUACCAAAGGCAACUUAGCAACCACAGACAAUAUAACCGCCAACCUAAGAUUCAAAAGCUCUCGCUGACAUCGUACUUGUUAGAAAAUCUUAUCGCAUUAGGUGUCCCCGCAU